AUGUAUUUUGUGUGCGUGUGUGAGAUUUUUUUUAUCGAGAGCCAGAGUGUGUGUGAAUAGAAUUGUAAUUUUUCAAUUAAACAAAUUGGCAAUAAUAAAACUAAGUUAAAAGUUCAUUGAAGUGCAGAAAAUUAAACUGAAAUGCAAAUAUCCCAAAGAUAGCAAAAGUUAUAUAGAGAAAUUGUGUGAAAUUCAAAAAGAAAAUAUGUGAAAAAUUUAUUUGUAAUACUCUACCAUAGAUACAUCCACCAUUUUUUAUUUUCAUCUUAUUUUUGUUUACUUUUUCUGUUGGACAUUCGUUGGAUGAUAAAUAAAAAGAAAAUUGAAGAAAAGACAAAAAAAAAAAAAAAAAAUAAAAAACUGCUGUGUGUUGCAUUUUGUGAAUGGAAUAAUAAAUAAUCGGAAAGAAUAAAAUACAAGAAAAAUAAACUAGAAUAAUUGAAAAAAAAAAAGAAAAUUGAAGAAGCAAACAAAAGCAAGUGAAGAAAAUUCCAAUUAAGAAGAAUUAAAUGUUAUUAGAAAAACAUGAAGAAUUAGACUGAUUAAAACGAUAAAUUCAAAAGAUUAAAGAUAAUAAUGAUUUGAGUGGUUUAGUGCUUUAAAAUAGAUCCUUAUUGGUCUAUGGCUAAAAUAUGGCACAUGUUAAUAGUGGUGCUAUAUCUGCAGGUGGUAGUGGUGGGGCAGGCGUAGGCGUUGGUGCAACUGGCGUUGGAGGUAGUGGCGUAGGGGGUGCAGGUAUUACCACUAAUGUUAAUACUCAUGCCGUAGUAGUUUGGGAAUUUGAAUCACGCGGUGGCAAAUGGUUACCUUAUACUCCAGCCGUCUCGCAACAUUUAGAACGUGCCCAUGCCAAAAAAUUAACGCGUGUUUUACUCAGUGAUGCCGAUCCGGAAUUGGAUAAAUACUACGUCAAUGUUAGGACCAUGACUCAAGAGACUGAAGACGCUUCUAGCCGUUCUAUGGCGGGUGUAAGACGUAUGUUUUAUACACCCACAUCACCGGCCGGCAAGGGUACCAAAUGGGAAUGGGCUGGAUCGGCUUCGGGUGAUUGGCAUCCUUACAAUAUGCAUGUUCAAUGUAUCAUUGAAGAUGCUUGGUCUAAGGGCGAACAAACACUUGAUUUAUAUGGCACUUCCAGUCUUCCUUAUACCAUUAAUUUUUGCAAUCUAACACAAACACGCCAGCCUAGUGGACCUAUACGUAGUAUAAGACGUACCCAGCAAGCGCCAUAUCCACUAGUUAAACUAACACCUCAACAGGCUCAACAAUUAAGCGUACAAACCAACUAUUCUGAAUAUGGCCAUAAAAGAAACAAUACUCUACCUAAAUUAGCAGCAAAGGCUCACAACAAUGAUAAUAAUAACAAACAACAACAACAGCAGCAACAUCAAACCCAUUUACAUCGUUUAAACAAUAAUGCCGCCUUUGGCUUAAAUAAUAACUCCUCCAGUCGUCAACCACAAUCUUUACCACACUCUCAUAGCCAUACACAUUCACAUAGCCACCAACAGCAACAACAGCACUCAAUUCAGCAUACAAUAACUGUACAACAACCGCCACAAAACAAUCGCAAAUCCACUAAACGUAAUGGUGAAUUAUCAACGGCGAAUUUAAGACAAAUUUUAAAUAAUCUCAAUAUAUUCGGUAGUAGUAGUUCAAAACAACAGCAACAUCAUCAUCAUCAGCAACCUACAACAACAAAUGCCUCCAGCUCUGGUUCAAAUCAUCUUCAAACGCAAACGAAUCAUUUACAGCCAUUUUCACAUUCGAGCAAUGUUUUAACCUCUUCCAUGAGUAGCCAUCAUAGUCGUUGUUCUGAGGGUUCCCUACAAUCGAAACGCAGCAGUCGUAUGAGUAUGCACCGCUCUCGUUCUCGUACUCGAGCCUCAGAUACCGAUACAAAUAGUAUGAAAUCGCAUCGUAGACCUAGUGUUGAUACCGUCUCCACUUAUCUCAGUCAUGAGAGUAAAGAAAGUCUACGUAGUCGUAAUUUUGCCAUAUCAGUCAAUGAUCUAUUAGACUGUUCCUUGGGUAGUGAUGAAGUAUUUGUGCCAUCUUUGCCCGCCUCCUCAACCAUGUCUUCCAUUUCGUCUUCCUCCUCAAUGAUGACAGCAGAAAGGGCACCUGCGCCGCCACCUUUACCCUCAGCAGGUUCCAUCUCUGUGGCGGCGUCUGGUACGUCGUCAUCUCAACACUCUGCAGCAACCCAGCAGCAACAACAGCAGCAGCAUCAAUUGCAACAACAACAGCCUAUAGCUGGCUCAAUUGUUGGCGUUGAUCCUGCCAGUGAUAUGAUCUCACGUUUCGUUAAAGUCGUUGAACCACCUGUUUGGCCCAAUGCACAGCCCUGUCCUAUGUGUAUGGAAGAGCUUAUUCAUAAUGCCCAAAAUCCGGCAAUCGCUCUGAGCCGUUGCCAGCACCUAAUGCAUUUACAGUGUUUGAAUGGCAUGAUUAUAGCUCAGCAAAAUGAUUUGAAUAAGAAUCUUUUUAUCGAAUGUCCUGUCUGUGGCAUUGUUUAUGGAGAGAAAAUUGGCAAUCAACCGAACGGCACCAUGUCCUGGAGUAUUUUAAGUAAAAGUCUGCCUGGACAUGAGGGUCAAAACACCAUACAAAUUAUCUACGACAUUGCAUCUGGCAUACAAAAUCAAGAACAUCCACAUCCAGGACGGGCUUUCUUUGCUGUAGGAUUUCCACGUGUAUGCUAUUUACCCGAUUGCCCUUUGGGUCGUAAAGUUUUGCGUUUUCUUAAAAUCGCUUUUGAUCGUAGACUAUUAUUUUCAAUUGGUCGCUCGGUUACGACGGGAAGGGAAGAUGUUGUCAUUUGGAAUAGUGUUGAUCACAAAACUCAAUUUAAUAUGUUUCCAGAUCCCACCUAUUUACAACGUUGCAUGCAACAACUGGUGCAUUUGGGUGUUACCGAUUAAAAACAAUCUCAUCGUAUGAAUAAUUGUUUUAAAUUUUUUUUUUUUGAUUUUCUUUAAUUUAAAUUUAGUUUUGCUAAAUGAGUGCAAUGUCUCGAUUCAUUAAAUCAAAUGACACAUUUACAACAUUUUAUACACAUUCACAUCCCCACACAUACAUACACAUACACAUAGAAACACCCACCAGUUUGAGUAACUCAAACUUUAAAAUGAACUGAAUUGGAAAAUGAAAUAACAAACAACAACCACAACAAAUAAUAUACUAGACUAGAGUAAUAAGACUAGAUUUUUAGCAUAGUAAUAAAAUCCACAGAACCCAACCCCCUAUAACCUAUUAAGGGAUAAAAACAACAAUAAAAACAAACAACAAUAAAACUUUAAAAGUGUAAAAGUAAAAAACACAUUGAGGCCUUCUUUUUAAAUUAAAAAUUGAAAAAUUGAUUUCUUAACAAAAUCCGGAUGUGUUUAACACUUGUCGAACACAUUCAAGUACAUUUUAUUAUUAUUAUUAAUUUUUUCUAAAAAAAAAAAACAUUUCAUUAAUGUUAAACAUUAUAACGAAUCUUCUAUAGUUUUCUAAACACUUUUUUUUAUAAAAUUUUAUUGUGAUUAAUGUUCUUCCAUUUUAUUAUAUUUUACUAUUUAUAGUUUAAUAAUAAUGUAGCAUAGAGACUAUGUCAUACAAAUAUUUCAUUUUUAAGU